CCACUCCCCAUCAAAUGUCAGAUCCAGCCCUGACACCAAUCCUCUGGAUGGGGGGAAGACAGGUUUUUGACACACACGCACAAAGACUCUGUGGCAAGGAAGAGUCCUGGAACAGCCAACUGUGUUCAUAUAAUUUAUAAACAUAGCGCAGCUGGACCAGAAGGAAGAAUUGACAUUUUCACACAGACUGUGAGGAGUUACAUCAUUUCUGAAUCUGUUUCAUGCAGGAAAGAGGAGAGGCUAUUUGAAACAAACACGAGACAGUCAAAAAAAGUUGCACUCUUGGUAUUGUCAUCAUGAAGUUACAUGUGGCACUAUUUUUCGCCGGGCUCUUCGGUGCCUUGGCAACACUAUUUAUUCUCUUGUCAUUUGGCACGGACUAUUGGCUUCUGGCAACAGAGACGUGCAAUCCACACGGAGUGUAUAAGAAAGAUGAUCCAGUGGAUAGUAAUCAAGACCAUCAGAACAUCACCUUUCACCAUGAGGGUUUUUUUUGGCGUUGUUCCUUUGAAGACAAAAUGAGCAGGGAUGACAACUUGUGGAAUUUCUGGUUUGAAAAUCUGGCACAUGCAAAGGUAUGCAAUAUUGCAUUUCUGCUCCCGUUUCCUAUUCCUGACCAGACCUACAACUCCACCAGUUAUCAGUCUGCCAUAAUCUACAGAGGCUUCUGGAGUGUCUCCAUGUUGGUGGGUGUGGUCGCAGUGGUGGCUGGUGGUUUCAUUAUCAUAUGUGCAGCCCCGUUUACCAGUCAUUGUCUUUAUAAAGCAGGGGGUGGACUCUACCUCAUUUCCGGUUUCUUCUUUCUUGUUGUGACUGUGAUGUAUGUUAUCUGGCUAAAUGCUCUGGAUGUGAUGGGCUUGUAUUAUGAUUAUCAGACAAAUCAUAAGUGCCAAUAUUUUGCACUUGAUAUGAGUUACGGUCUCUCCUUCAUGUUUGCUCCUGUGGGUGUGUUCUUCUGUUUACUGGCUGGUAUUCUUUUCUUAGCCAUUGGUCGUGCAAUCCAGAAAAGUUACACCUAAACCCCAUAAAACAGAGGAAUGGUAUUGUAUGUUCAAGAUAUUGUACAUUAAGAUAUCCACUAUUAAAAGAGAACAUAUCUGGCCAAUUAAUAAUUACUGAUCUAAAACCUCUGAGGAUGCUUUGGCUUAUAUGGUUAACUGUUACAUGCCUUUGAAUUUUGCAAAUGUUGUUUUAAUAUCAUUGCUAACCCGUGGGCUGUAAGCAGUACUGUAAACAUAAAUCAUGGAUGGUUUGGGAUCACAUGUUUGUGUGAGUGUUCAUGUAUAAUUGCAUUGCACAAAGCAUUACAUGAUGGUAAAUGUCAUUUAUGAACUGCUGCAUUUUUUAUUAUGCCUGGAACAACAGUAGACUUAUUUAUGUCUGCUUGAACUUUAAGUAUGCAUUGUUUUAUUUGCUUCGCUUUUUAAAUGUUGAUUUUCUGGCUUUUUUAAAGGAUUUUUUGUCCACUGGCUUUGAAUGAACUACACAGUUGUAUUAGAGAGCAUUGUAGUUUGAUAUACUCAGCUAACCUGAAACUUUGUUUAAUGUAUGCAGCUUGUUUAAACAGCAAAACACAUAUAUUGGAUAUUUUGGGUGAAUGUCACUCAAAAUAAUCCAGUCAAAACAGGUCAUAAAUCCUUUAGGCUGAGAUAUGCUGGGAUAAGACAGUGGGACAGUGGUUUUCAAACUGGGGGCUCUGAGAUGGUGCCAGGGGGGGCCCCGGUUUAAUAAAAUUUAAUAAAAUUAAUUAAUUUAUCAUAAAUUCUGUGUAAUUAAAUGUCAGAAAAAUAAGGCUACUAACCAACAGUACAUUGAAUAAUUAAAUAUGUUUUUUUUAUUCCAAUUUAAAGUUUUGGAAUGUUUUAUGUCAUACAUUUUCUGUGGGGGGCCUCGAAGGGAUGCAUCGUAUACAAGGGGGGCCGCAUGCUGAAAAAGUUUGAGAACCACUGCUCUAGGAUAAAUCCUUUUAAAUAUGUUUGAAUGGACAUUUCACUUCAAAAUCAAAGUAAGGGAAUAAGAAAGUUUAGUUUACACCAUCAGAAAAACAGUCAAAAAAAUGAUCCCUAGCUGUCGGGCAGUACUCCUUAAAAAGGCCCUAAUAUGUACCAUUUAAUAAGAUAUAUAUUUGGUAUGUAUAUGUACCCCUGAGGUACUAUUAUGAACUAUUUAGGUGUACGUUUUGAAAGAGAACCGCUCCAGUGACAGCUAUAAGGCCUGUUUUUUUCUGACAGUGUACAGAAAUUAAAGCAUGUUACAGAACCAUUAAGAUUUUUUGCAUUGGUAAAUUAAUAAGUGUAAUAAAAUUAAUUCCCUGUAUAUAAACAUUUUUGGAAUAUUUCUUUAUUCUUUCUUUAUAUUGAUGUAGUAUUCAAUGUUGCUUUUUUACUUCCAGAAUAAGAUCAAUUGUAUAUUAAAAAGCUGCAUAACAUGAUUCUAAUGAUAAUCACUUUUGAGAAAAAGGAAAUCCAAGUAAAAUGUUUGGAAGCCUAUAUAGUAUUUAUUCUAUUCUACUAAGAAAACAUGAAUAUGGUAACUGAAAACUGAUGUCACAAAGUAAUACAUCUUAAUGGUUCUAAAAAUCUUUAAUUUUACUUAUCCAAAAAAAAUUGUGGGGAAAAUAAAUGUUUUGUGCCAUAUUACCUUUGUAAAUAACUGUAAUGGUGCUAAGAAUUACAAUUGGCAUGUGAUAUUUCAAGAUUCAUUAAAGGAUUAAUUUAAAAAGAAAAA